GUGAGGGCCGCAGGAGGGCCGGCCUGCUCGCGGCAGCCACUGCCGGCCCGCGGCAGCCACCGCCGGCCCGGGGCAGCCACUGCCGGCCCGGGGUUGCAGCCGAGGCGAGCGGCUAACCAUGUCUUUAAAUUCAUCUACACUUUUAAAUGAAGAAAACUCUCAAGAACCAAAAAUAAACACUGAAUGUUUGGAAAGCUCAGAACUGCAGAGUCUGUCAUCGCUUCAAGAUAACCCACUUCAGCAACUACAGUUGGCAUCACAAGAAGUACUUGAGAAGGCAAAAAAGAGUGGGAGAUCAAAAUGCCCCCGCUGCAGUAGCUCAAGGAUGUUUUAUUGUUACACAUGCUUUGUUCCUGUUGAAACUGUUCCUACCAAAGAAAUUCCGACUGUGAAGUUACCUUUGAAGAUUGACAUUAUUAAACACCCAAAUGAAACAGAUGGCAAAAGCACUGCUGUGCAUGCUAAGCUCCUGGCACCUGAUGAUGUUACAAUUUAUAAAUACCCUUGCAUUCCAGAAUAUGAAGACAAAAGACAUGAAAUAGCACUUAUAUUUCCUGGCCCCAAUUCAGUUUCAGUAAAAGACAUUGCUUUCCAUCUUCAAAAAUACAAUAAGAAAGGUGUUUAUGAUAGAGAUGACGACUGCUCCAAAGAGCCAUUUCUUAAGCAAGCAAAAAUAGAACCUAAAGAAGAAAAAAAUCCAAAUGAAUGCAUCUCAGGCAACAGGAAUCAAGGCACUAGAUUGAAGAAAAUAAUAUUCAUUGACAGUACCUGGAAUCAAACUAACAAAAUAAUAACUGAUGAACGACUUCAAGGAUUGUUACAAAUUGAGUUGAAGACAAGGAAAACUUGCUUUUGGCGUCAUCAGAAGGGAAAGCCAGAUUCAUACCUUUCCACAAUAGAAGCCAUUUAUUAUUUCCUUGUGGACUACCACCAGGAGGUUUUGAAAGAGAACUACAAAGGACAAUAUGAUAAUCUGCUUUUUUUCUUUUCAUUUAUGUACACAUUGAUUAAAAAUGCCAGGUGUUGUGCAGGAAAAGAAUAAGAUGCCUGUAGGUAAGUUAAGCUACACUGUGUUGUGUUUCUUUUGUAAUGAUACAUUGCACAAAUGUAAUGAUUUUUAUCUAACUGAAAUGUGGAAAGAGAUUGUACUCUUAAGAGUGGCUAUAGCAUUUGUCCAGAAGUAAGCUGCACACAUCAUGUCCUGCACUGUUGAGGUUGUAGAACUACUUGGAUGAUCAGCCCGAUUAGAACUAAUUACUUGAGCACAAUUAUGCUUUGCUAAAUGUUGUAGUGUUUGAACCUGCAGACCUAGAAUGCUCAUCUCCAUGGGAGUAUGGAGAUGGGAGUGCCCUGCCCCUCUGGCCAUAAGGAGCCAUCUGUCUAACUGUAAAAACAAAUUAGCACGCUAGGUUUUUAUUAUUAAUACUUUGUUUCAGGUGUUUUCUUUGUGUGUUACCCAGUAAUCUAGAUUUCACUUUCAUGACAGCAAAAACGUCUUGAACUGGGGAGUGGGGGGUGCCAAUGCAAAACAAAAGGUCACGGUAACUGAACAGAAUAGAAAGUAUGUACUUUCAAGACCAAUUCUGGAAAAUUGUUCUAAUAAUGGAAAAGAGCAUCUCUUUAAAUAUCGUAAUAUCAUGCAUUAUUUAUAUAUUACAUUCACAUACUGAUGUAUACUGAUUCUUCUCUACUUCUGGGAUAAUUUUAGACAACUUCAAAUAAAUGUAUUUAGUUGUGCUAUUUUA